CCCCCUCCUCGUCCGUCAAAGGGUUGCGGUUGCAGUUGCGGCGAGGUUGUUGUUGUAGCCGAUGUGUUGUGUUCAUCUCAACUUUUUCAACCGGUCCAUUUGCAGCCGUUGAAGAAAACCUUGAGAGACUAGAGCUUGCCAAUUUUGGUGCCAAAAUGUCGGACGUUGACGAUGAUUUCAUGUGUGAUGAAGAGGAGGACUAUGGUCUGGAAUACUCAGAGGACAGCAAUUCGGAACCAGAUGUUGACUUGGAAAACCAAUACUAUAAUUCUAAGGCAUUGAAAGAAGAAGACCCUAAAGGAGCUCUCGUAUCAUUUCAAAAAGUUCUCGAGCUGGAAAUGGGAGAGAAAGGGGAAUGGGGCUUCAAAGCCUUGAAACAAAUGAUUAAAAUCAAUUUUAAACUUAGCAAUUUUCAGGAAAUGAUGGUACGGUACAAACAACUGUUGACGUAUAUCAAAACAGCUGUCACACGGAAUCAUAGUGAAAAGUCUAUUAACUCUAUUCUAGACUACAUAUCUACUUCAAAGAAUAUGGAAUUGCUUCAAGAUUUUUAUGAGACAACUCUUGAUGCCUUAAAAGAUGCCAAGAACGACCGUUUGUGGUUCAAAACCAACACCAAGCUUGGAAAACUGUAUUAUGACCGAGGUGAUUUCAACCGUUUGGCCAAAAUUUUGAAACAACUUCAUCAGUCAUGUCAGACUGAUGAUGGGGAAGAUGAUCUGAAAAAGGGUACACAGCUGUUAGAAAUUUAUGCUCUAGAAAUUCAAAUGUAUACUGCCCAGAAAAACAACAAAAAAUUGAAAACUCUUUACGAGCAGUCCCUUCAUAUCAAAAGUGCAAUCCCUCACCCACUUAUUAUGGGUGUCAUAAGAGAGUGUGGUGGCAAAAUGCAUUUGCGUGAAGGCGAGUUUGAGAAUGCUCAUACUGAUUUCUUUGAGGCAUUCAAGAAUUAUGAUGAAUCUGGCAGCCCUAGAAGAACCACAUGUCUCAAAUAUUUAGUUCUUGCCAAUAUGCUAAUGAAGUCAGGCAUCAAUCCAUUUGAUUCCCAGGAGGCCAAACCUUACAAGAAUGAUCCUGAAAUUCUUGCCAUGACCAACUUGGUUUCAUCUUAUCAAAAUAAUGAUAUAAAUGAGUUUGAGUCCAUCUUGAAAGAACAUAGAACAAAUAUAAUGGAUGAUCCUUUUAUCAGAGAGCACAUUGAAGAUUUACUUAGGAACAUCCGCACUCAGGUGCUAAUGAAACUCAUUAAACCUUAUACCCGAAUCCAUAUUCCUUUCAUAAGUAAGGAGUUAAAUAUUGACGUAAUUGAUGUUGAAAGCCUUUUGGUGUCCUGCAUCUUGGACAGUACUAUACAAGGCCGCAUCGACCAGGUCAACCAAGUUCUGGAGCUGGAUCAAGAAUCAACUUGUGGAGCUCGUUACCAGGCGCUUGACAAAUGGACCAAGCAGUUAGGAGCCCUUCAUCGAGCUGUUGUAAGCAAGAUGGCCUAGCAUGAGGAGGCGUGGCUGCAGUAGAGGCAGUCACGCAGUCACUCUCCAAGGACAACCAGCCCAACAAGGUGGCUUCUGCUACAUGAGUUUUCAUCUAUUUAAUUCUUUGGUCUGUGUGGGCUGUCAUGCUGUUGUCUUGCAGUGACUGGAAAGGAAUCUGGGGGAUGUUUGCUUCUCUGACUGCUAAUAACUCAUGUUUUCCAUGAAUUUGAGAGUAAGAAUCUGAAACUGUUCAAAGUAUGAACCCUUUAGUUUUUGUCUGUUUGGAGAAUCAUAGCCCAGAAAAAGUAGUUUCCCCAGAUUCACUGUGAUACCCAUGUGACUAACUUGUGAGAGGAAUGUUGGAAGUGGCAACUAAGCCCAUGUCAACCUCAACUGAGAACGUGAGAACAGUUUGUAAAAUAACUUGUAAAGCGUGUUUUCUUCUUCUUUUUAUUAAAUAAAUUGAAUCAUAAUA